UCAGUGUGCGUGUGCGUGGUGGGGUGGAGUGUUCGCUUGUAUUCCCUGAAAAACUUCAUCAAUGUGGAAGCAUAUAUGGCGUGCUUUUCUAGUAUGUCAGGCUUACUGCCAGCAGUAGUCCUGGUUCUCGUUGUGCUCACAGGCACUGAGACCGGCGGGGGCCAGGGUGCGGCAGCUGAGUCUGAGCAGAGUCCAGGCUUAUCUGGUUCAUGGUGGGGGAGCGUGGGCGGGCGUGUGUGGGCGGCACGUGGUGCUGGCGCCCUCCUGCAGUGUGCCCUGGGCGCCACACUCCCCGCCCACACCUGGGUCAAUGUGACCUGGCUACAUAACAACACCACUGUACUUGAUCGGCGCCACCUGCUGACCCCUGCUGGUCACCUCAAUAUUACUAAGAUGGUUCACCGACGGUCAGGAGCGACGGACGAGGGGGAGUACCGCUGCCUCAUUACUACCCGCCAGGGGACCAUCACCGGCCCACCCGUCACCCUCCGGCUUGCUAGUUUGACUAAGAACUUCAUAGUGACCCCUUCCAAUGUUACCGUGGUGGUGGGCGAGGCGCUGAGACUCUCGUGCCAAAUUGACUCACAGCCCCCAGCCUCACUCACCUGGACCCACGACCAACAACCUCUACCUCAAGAUAACAGGUACACAACCCCUUUCUCAGGAGUUCUUCAUAUAACUGAAGUACAGAGGACUGACAGUGGCAUUUACAGGUGCCUGGCGACAAACUCUGUUGCAGGAAAGGAACGCCGCAGCAGCGCCAUUUCUGUAACAGUUCUUGAUAGGGAAGAGGAAGACAGCUACAAACCUCCCACCUUCCUCUCCCCCAACAAACCCUUCCCCUUUCUCUCCCCAAAAGAACCACUCAGAGUUAUACAGGGAGAAGAUGCAAUCAUUGAGUGUCUUGCAACAGGCGUGCCACUCCCCACAAUCUCUUGGCAACGAAAAUUGAAUGAAAGUGAAACUAAGGGCUGGGAGGACAUAAAAAAUGGAACAAAAGGCAUUUUGAUAAUAGGUCAGGGAACGUUAGUGGUGUCAAGUGUGCAGAACAUGAGUGCCGGCCGCUACGCCUGCACCGCCAAGUCUGUAAACCCUGCCACCCAGAGAGAAGCCACUGUUUCUCAGGAAAUAGAACUAGAUGUAUUGGUCCCACCAGAAAUCGUUGAUCCUCCAAAGCCCUUAGAUACAUUAUUAGCAAAGACUUCCCGCCUCAACUGCUCAGUAAUGGGUCAUCCCAUUCCCCGCGUCAUAUGGUACAAAAAUGGACAGCCUGUUAACAUUAAGGGGGGCACCAUUCAAACGACCUCAAACCAGCUCGUAUUCACCAACUCAAUCACAUCUGACACAGGAAUGUACCAGUGCCUCGCUAUCAACGAUGCGGGAUAUGCCUCAAGUUGGGCCCCCAUGGUUAUUAACUCGUCCAACAACCACCCACACCCACCUCAGAACCUUCACUAUGUGGUUCUCUCUUCUACCUCGGUCCUCCUCACUUGGGAUCCAGUUUAUCCUCCCAGUGACAAGAUCAAAGCCUAUUCAAUUCACUAUUCUCAGUCAGAGGGUAGUGGAAUUGAACGGCAGGCAGUUUCCCAGAAUGCUUCUCAUUUGUUGGAAUCUUUGAAACCCAACACCAUGUAUACAGCCUUUGUGAGAGCCUACAACAAUUUUGCAUCAGAUGUAUCAGAGAAACUGGUGUUCAGCACAGCUGAGGAUGUUCCUUCAGGGGCCCCAAGUGUACUACUGACUCCGAAAUCACCAACAGUGCUGCUAGUCACCUGGGGUAAACUUCCUCCAGAACAAGCCAGAGGAACCAUUAUUGGUUACAAAAUUCAUUGGAGAAAACUCAACCAUCACUACUACCAUGUGAUUGAGGUAUCUGCUGAUGUCCAUGAAUUUGAGAUCCCUGACCUUCAUCCUGGUAAGAAGUAUGAAGUACAAGUUUUAGCAGGCACAAAGGUUGGAUAUCCAACAAAAAAUGAUUUGCCAUGGAUACGCCAAAAAAUGCCCAGUCGCAGUCAGAAAAAUAUUCCUCUGCCACCAGUUGUUACCCUGAAGGUGAUAAACGAAACCUCUGAAGAUGACUCAAAGAAGCUUGCAAUAAAGAUUGACUGGAAACUUCCACCUGAGAAUACAGCUGAACUGGAAGGGUACGUGUUAAAGUAUCGGCGGCAGGGCAGGCCAUGGACAAGCCCAAUCAGACUCCUUCCUUCUGAGACUUCAUAUACCAUCAUGGGUUUAGAGGCUGACUGGUAUGAUGUACAGGUCAAGGCAUUCAGCGCAGAUGGCGAUGGCGCACCAACGGAACACAUGGUUCAAACAUUCCCUCCGAGUCCCAACACCACGCUCCCUCCAAACACAACUUGGAGCAUUUAUCAGUUGGAAGCUGAACCUCGAUCACAGACUAGCAUCCACUUGUCAUGGAAAUUGAUGGAAGGACAGGAAGGGGCGAACUACUACACUGUUAAAUACCGGCAAGUUGUCCUUUCACAGAAUACAGCGAAGGCAACAUUAGUUUGCAGUGAGAACUCUGUGAUUGACAUUACUGGCCUGAAACCAUUCAGCACGUACGAAUUCAGUGUACGCGCACACAAGUCUGAGAAAGUAUACGGCCCCUUUAGUCCCAUAGUGCAAGCUAUUACCAUGGAAAACUUGCCAUCAGCUCCAGAUGGCUUCACCUAUGAGCCCACUGAUGCAUCCACCAUCCGCUUGAAGUGGAGCAUACCCGAGGACACUGCUAUGAGUAUACAGAAGUACGAAAUUCUGUUUACUUUAGACAAAAGCAAACCGUUAUCAAAGUGGGACGUGCAAGAGGUGGAUGGAAAAGAUGCCACAGAUACUGUAGGAGGAUUGGUUUCCAAUACUGAGUAUUGGUUUAGUAUCCGUGGAUGUACGGCAAUUGGGUGUGGAGCGACAACACAGCCUCUCUCUGCCACAAUUCCAGCUAUCCUUCAUCCUGACCCAAGCUUAUCCACUCAAAAUCUCUAUCUUAUCUCUGGUUCGGUGGCAUUUGUAUUUCUGCUGUUGAUUAUACCCAUAAUUAUUUAUUUGAUCAAGUUCCGUAACAUACCAUCUCAACCACGAGUAUUGGCUUGUAAUGGAAAUGGUCAUAUAAAUGGCAAGAGGAGUACACAGGGCAUGAAUAUUGGACAACCAGAUACACAGUCUGACAUUGAAGCACAAGAAAUGGAAGUAUAUAUUCCAAUGUUGACUCAGAUACCUGCAGAUUUUAAGUCUCCGCCACUUGAUACUAAGGGAGGCUACUCGGACAGUCGGGUGAAUGGGUUGAACAAUCCACGAUGUAAUGGAUAUAUUAGGAGCCGGGAUGAGCUGGAACCAGGUCUUCGUGCUGAAGCUCAGAGCGGAUCAGAGGAAGAAAAUGAACGGCUCGUAAUUUGUGCAAGCAGCAGUAAUGGUUCCAUAAGCAGGAGUGCAGUUUCCAAGGCCCAUCAAAACCAUCACCAAGAGUCGGGGAAGCAAGUUGGUGUGGGAGAACAGUGUAGCCAGUCUCCUUCAGGCAUAUCACCCCCAUCACCAAUACUCCAACACAAUCAUAGUGUAGCCUCUAAGGAAGACUUUGCUGACCUUACCAACCUCACAACUCUGAGUGACAGUGAAGGGGGAAUGGAGCAGGAUGCAACAAUGGUGGUGGGAGAUACAGGUUAUCACCAUGUAAACAAGCCACACCAGCACAACCACCCCCAACACAACACAGGUGCAACGAGAGCAUCGUCCCCGCGACCCCCACUGACAACGGUGCAGUAGCUGCAAUGGUUCCUGGGCUUAAUUCCCAUCUACCUUCCCUCGCAGGCCCCUGUCACCGAGACACUCCUCUGGUCUGAUGCGGGUAUUCAUACGUAUACAAGGCCUGGCCCAGCUGCUGCGGUGGUAUGUGGCAACCGUGCCCAUCCAGCCCACAGUGGACUUGAUGCGUGUGCCUUGACCCAAGUGUACAAAUGUUGUCAGUGUGGGUACUUGAGACCAUCAAAUGAGCGGGGCUGGGUCAGGCACCCCACUGUAGCCACUAACAGCUAGUUGUUGUUUGGUGUUUACAUUGUAAGCAUUGUGGAUAUGGCUCUCAGUCACACAGUUUUGGCUCAGUGUUCCCUGACAGACAAGUCACGGUAUAGUAUACUUUUCGAGACUGAUUGAAAGGAGUACAAAAUGAUUAUAUUUCCUCUCAUUUUAUCUGUAAAAUGUGACUCGAGAGCUGUGUCCAGGGUGCUCCCUCAUUUCUCUGACAACAAGGUAUCAGGGAUUAUCCUGGCAAAUAACGGCAUGCCUGCAACUCCACCCCUUCCCCCACUACCCCCACCACCACAACCAUCACCACAGCCCCAAAGAUCCCUCUCACGUCUUCACAACCUCAGUGUUUUGCCAUAUUUGUAUCAGGGAUGGUAAUCUCUUCUCACCUCUUUUGAUAAGACUGUAAAACAACUUUGAUUCUGAUAUAUUUAAUUUGUCUGCUGUUUAUAUAACAUACAGUAGUACAAGAGUAAUGGGUUAUUAAUACUUUAUGCAUAAAUCAAUUUUAGGCAGCAGUCACGUUAUAACAUUUGUUUUGUUUUUUUACUGUUGAAUCAUUACAGUCUGAAUUCAGGGAGAAUCAUACCAAGAGCAUCUACAAAUUGCAGGAAGAACACAUGCAGCGCAUACAUCAUUGCAGUAGCUACCUGAACAAUUCUACAGGUUUAGUCCUCAUGGUGGGUGAAGGAUCUAACAUAUAUUGUUCUGCAAAGUUAACUGAAAAUCAUGUGUAGCUUUCAAAGUACUCUGAUGUAGACUCUUAUCUAAUGAUAAAAUAAUUCUCAGCGUGCUGUUCUCAGUUAAUAAAUUACUGUGAUAUAAUAUUUAAUAAAAAUGUGGUAGCUAAUUCCAGUUUCUUACAAAGAAUGCAGUUUUCAAAUUGCAAUAGCCAAAGUUCAUUCAGUGUUAACAAGGUAAUACUCACUCAGGCCUAUAUACUAGAUAUACACUGGAAUGACGCAGCAUCAAUAAUGCCAACUGAUUGAUGUGUUUGAAUACAUGGGUUUGUUACUUAAAAUAUGUCUUUACUCAUUAUAUAUAAGAAAACAUUUUAGCAAGUAAUGAGUUCCCCCAUAUUUAUAUUUAUUGAUUUAUAAAUUCCGUGAGAGACUGGCAUAAGCUUACGUCAUGAGCAUCAGUUGUCAUAUUACAUCAUGCGUUCCACUUAACUCUAAUUAAUAUAUAUAUAUAUAUAUAUAUAUAUAUAUAUAU